AUGAUCCCCAAAGACGCCAGUUUCCGUUCUUUCUUUGCCUAUCUCUUGUUCUGUCGGGGGGUGUUUUCGCAGAACCAACCUGUUUUCCCACAGCCUGGGGGGAGCCAGCAACUUGUCUUCUCACAGCCCAAUCAAGGCCAGCAACCUGUCUUCCCACAACCCGGAGGCAACCAGCCUGUCUUUUCACAACCUGGGGGAAACCAGCAACCUGUGUUUCCACAACCCGGAGGGAACCAGCAGCCCGUCUUCCCGCAGCCUGGAGGGAAUCAGCAACCUGUAUUUUCACAGCCUGGAGGGAAUCAGCAACCUGUAUUUUCACAGCCUGGAGGGAACCAGCAGCCCGUCUUCCCACAGCCUGGGGGGAACCAGCARCCUGUCUUCCCACAGCCUGGGGGGAACCAGCAGCCUGUCUUCCCACAGCCUGGGGGGAACCAGCAGCCCGUCUUCCCACAGCCUGGGGGGAAUCAGCAGCCCGUCUUUCCACAGCCUGGGGGGAACCAGCAACCCGUCUUUCCACAGCCUGGGGGAAACCAGCAACCUGUGUUUCCACAGCCUGGGGGGAACCAGCAACCCGUCUUCCCACAACCUGGAGGGAAUCAGCAACCUGUCUUUCCACAGCCUGGGGGAAACCAGCAACCCGUGUUUCCACARCCCGGAGGGAAUCAGCAACCUGUCUUCCCACAGCCUGGGGGAAACCAGCAACCUGUGUUUCCACARCCYGGAGGCAACCAGCAGCCCGUCUUCCCACAACCUGGGGGAAACCAGCAACCUGUGUUUCCACAGCCUAGUCAGGGCCAGCUGCCCGGAAGCAACCCACAGCCUGUUGUCCCACAGCCUCAUCAGGGCCAGCAGCCAAGCAGUUCCCAGUACACGUCUCUGCCUACAUGCCCACAAGGACACGACCUGAUCUAUCCAGCUCCCGAUGGUGGCUUCUUCAAAUUACAGUGCAACUACCAUGGUUGGCAUGGCACUCUGAGCAGUACAACUGCAAGUAGCUACCAAGAUUGUAUCGACAUUUGCAGUGCAACUAAUGGUUGUCUUGCCAUCAACUGGGACUCCCUUAAUGGAAGCGGCUGUUCGCUGAUGAAAUCUGAUCAACCUGGAGAUACUCCUUGUCCCAACCACGACUUUGCGUAUGCUGUUACUCCGCCUACCAUCCCCCAGACAGACGACCUUACGCCUCGAUGCACAACUGAGUGCCCUGGGGCGGACCACCGUCAGCACACCAGCAGUUCAGGUGAAGUCUUCAAGAUGAACUGUGAUCCUCCCGAUAACCCCAGAAACACCUUCACCACGCCUCCCACAACGAGAAAGAGGAAGGCAGUUGAGGAGGCGGCGACGACAAAAACAAAAACCACAAACUCAGAAAGGAAGGUCAACGGCCGCAAGAGUAUACCCGAGGCGACUAGAUCAGGAUCCAGAUCAGGGCUGGGCCCAGGGUCAGGGCCCAACAAGACGCUGCGGCUGGAACGGAGUGUCUCUGUUCACGAAGAAGGAGAACAGUCCUCUCAAGUAUCAUCUGAGAACAGCAAGGAUAGCGACAGCAAAGAGUUCCCUCUCUCGCUCAGGAAGAAGGGCUCCCCUCUGGUGACGCCCACCACAACAACGCGGAGCAUGGAUUCGGAUGAUGAUUUCAUGACUGAUGUCUCCAGUCGAGAGGAGGAUUUCCUGGAUAUGCAGGAUAGUGAAGAUGAGAGUUUAGGCGAAGAUUUCGGCGACGACUUCGGCGACAGUUUCUCCUACGACAAGGACCUUGUACAGAAAACCAAAAAGCCCUACGAAGUGGAGUUCAAAGUCCUCAGCCCCGCCGACAUUGAACGCGACCAAAACUCUCAGAUCACUGAAGUAUCGUCAAUUCUCGGCUUACCUCCGGAAUCAGCUGGUAUCCUGCUACGCUUUGCACGAUGGAAUAGAGAAAAGUUGAUCGAAUCCUACAUGGACCGGUCAGAAGAGAUACUGGAAGAGGCAGGGUUGGGCGACAGCUUUGAGGUAAAUCCUAGAACUGAAGUUGUGCCCGGUUUCAUGUGCGAGAUUUGCUGCGAGGAUGGUGACGAUCUACAAACAUAUGCUAUGCGAUGUGGCCAUCGGUUCUGUGUGGAGUGUUUCAGACAUUAUCUUUCGCAGAAAAUCAAAGAGGAGGGCGAGGCAGCGAGGAUCCAGUGUCCACAGGACCACUGUCAUCGGAUCGUUGACUCCAAGUCGCUCAACCUACUCGUGACAGAUGAAUUGAAGGAUAGAUACAAAAUGCUACUUACUCGAACAUACGUCGACGACAAAGACAACCUCAAAUGGUGUCCCGCCCCAAAUUGCGAAUUCGCCAUAGAUUGCGGCGUCAAAGCUAGAGAUCUCAAUAAGAUUGUGCCUACAGUGCACUGCGCAUGCAAGCACAGUUUCUGCUUCGGAUGCGGUUUGAACGAUCAUCAACCGCCACCCUGUUCGUUGGUCAAGAUGUGGUUGAAGAAGUGCGAGGACGACUCUGAGACUGCGAACUGGAUUUCGGCUAACACGAAGGAAUGUCCCAAAUGCUUGUCGACCAUCGAGAAGAACGGCGGGKGUAAUCAUAUGACGUGCCGCAAGUGUAAACAUGAGUUUUGCUGGAUGUGCAUGGGCCUCUGGUCUGAACAUGGAACCAGCUGGUAUAACUGCAACCGCUAUACGGAAAAGUCUGGUUCGGAUGCUCGGGAUGCACAAGCGCGGUCUCGCGCAUCGCUCGAACGGUAUCUCCAUUACUACAACCGAUACGCCAACCACGAGCAGUCGGCCAAGCUGGACAAGGACUUGUAUCUGAAGACCGAGAAGAAGAUGACCAGCCUUCAGUCUCAGUCGGGCAUGUCCUGGAUCGAAGUGCAGUUCUUGGACACCGCUUCUCAAGCAUUGCAGCAAUGCCGACAGACGCUCAAAUGGACCUAUGCGUUUGCUUACUACCUGGCGCGAAACAAUCUCACUGAGAUAUUUGAGGAUAACCAGAAAGAUCUGGAGAUGGCCGUCGAAAGCCUGAGCGAAAUGUUUGAGAAACCGAUUGCCGAACUGGCAGAGCUCAAGGUGGACAUUCUUGAUAAAACGGCUUACUGUAACAAGCGUCGAGUUAUUUUGCUGAGCGAUACAGCAGAGAAUUUGAAACAAAAUGAAUGGAAAUUCAACGUGGACUUAUGA